AGCCGAAGAUGUCGGCUCGGUCAUGUGAUCAGCUGUGUCCAAUCAUAGCUGAUCACAUGGCACUGAUGAUCAGUGUGCCCUGAUGAUCAGUGUAGCCCCAGGAGCGCCACCUGUCAGUGUCCAUCAGUGCCUUGUGUCAGUGCUCAUCAGUGCCUCGUGCCAGUGCCCAUCAGUGCCACAUCAAUGCCACAUAUCAGUGCCUAACAGUGUACAUCAAUGCCACAUAUCAGUGCCCACCUGAGCUGCCUUUCAGUGUCACCCAUCAGUGCCACCUAUCAGUGCCAGUCAGUACCGCCUAUCAGUGUGCAUCAGUGCCACCUAUCAGUGCCUGUCAGUG